AUGCUAUUUCUUCGUCGCCGUUUCUUCACGGCCAAGAUGGAGGAAGGCGAUGAUGCGCUUUCGCACAUUAACAAGAUAAAGACACUGGUGGAACAACUCGACGGGGUGGGUGCAUCAGUCAGCGAAGACGACCUGGUGUAA